AUGAGGGGGCCAUGGAUCUGUUAUUGUUUUUCCUUGUUUCUCAUCUUAAAUUGCUACUCAACCUCUGCCGAUUACCCCACUGCAAAUCUUUCCACCACAUGGGCCAACACGGAAUCUUUGCCCCAUUCUGUUAACUUCACUGAUGGCUCGAGGGUCCGAGCCAUCGUCCUUAGAGGAUCAUUCGGGCCCAAAUUCGCAUGUGGGUUCUACUGCAACGGAACCUGCACCUCUUACCUCUUCUCUGUCUUCAUUGUUCAAACCAAUAGUGCUAGUGAUAUCAUUCUACCAGAUAGCGGGUUCCCUCAAGUGGUGUGGUCAGCUAACCGAGACCAUCCGGUUAGCUAUGGCGCAAUAUUGAAUCUCACUGCAACCGGAGAAUUGGUCCUACAGGAUGUUGAUGGAAGCACGGUUUGGACUACCAACACUACUGGAAAAUCUGUUUCCGGUUUAAACUUAACCGAUGAUGGAAACCUAGUGCUGUUUGAUAUCAAUAGCUCUGUAGUUUGGCAAUCUUUUGACUACCCAACAGACUGUUUGGUACCAGGGCAAAUACUGUUUCAAGGACAACAGCUGAUACCUAGUGUUUCAUCAACCAACUGGAUGACCCAAAAAGCUUUGUUUUCCCUUCAAGUCACAGAUAAUGGUUUGUUUGCUUAUUUUGGAUCAAACCCACCUCAAGCCUAUUACAGUAGACGGGUCUCAGGCAACGAUACAUUCACAGGAAGAAGGCAUGUUAGGUUCUUGAAUGGCAGUUUGUCUUUUUUCAUUCUUACUGCUGAGCCAAGUGAUCCUGAUUUCAUGAUUCCCGUACCUCAAGCAUCAUCAGCCCAGUACAUGAAACUGAUGCCAGACGGGCAUUUGAAAGUGUUUGAAUGGCAAGCAAGGUGGUUAGUGGUGGCUGAUUUACUUGACACUAAUCUUGGAGAGUGUAAUUAUCCUUUGUCUUGUGGAAGAAAUGCCAUCUGCUCAGGUAAUCAACAGUGUACCUGUCCAGUACCAAGUUCUCCCACGACAGACAAUUUCAGACCGGAGUUUUUCAGAGCAGUGGACAAUCGGCAACCUAACCUGGGCUGCUCUGAAAUUACUCCUCUCACAUGUAAUACCACCCAACAUCAAACUUUGUUUCCAUUUGAGAACGUUACGUACUUCAACAUUAUUGCAGACAUGGAGAAGGUGGAUAUUGAGACUUGCAAACAAGCAUGUGUCAACAAUUGCUCAUGCAAAGCAGCUAUAUUUCAGUAUGGUUCAGAUACUUUAAAUGGGGAUUGUUAUUUGCCUUCUGAGCUCUUCACAAUGACGAAUGCUGAUCCAGAUGUAAUUCAUCGUAAUGCUUCAGCUUUCAUAAAAGUACAAUUCAUUACUCCUCCAGAUGUAACAUCUUCUGACGAUGAUUCGGAUCCAGCACGUUUAGCUAUAUUCAUUACUACUCCGGUAAGUUUUUUGCUUUUUAUUCCGCUUUUAGGUUUUAUUAUUUACAUACUCGACAAGCGAAGACAAGCCACUCAAAUGGAGGAAGAAUUCUUAGGCGAGGUACCAGGAAUGCCAAAUCGGUAUACCUCUGAAGAAUUGAGAACCGCCACAGAGAAUUUCAACAAAAAGUUGGGUGAAGGCGGAUUUGGAGCAGUUUUUGAGGGGAUUCUUGAAGACGGCUCCAAGAUUGCAGUUAAAUGUCUUGAGUGUCUUGGGCAAGUUAACAAAUCAUUCCUAGCUGAGGUUCAAUCCAUUGGAAGCAUUCACCAUGUGAAUUUGCUUACACUAAGAGGAUUUGGUGCUUGGAAAUCACAGCGUUUUCUUGUGUAUGAAUUCAUGAGUAAUGGAUCGUUAGAUCGUUGGAUCUACCAUGGAGACCGAGAGCACGUACUAGAAUGGAGAUGCAGAAAGAAAAUCAUUCUUGAUGUAGCCAAAGGUCUAGCAUAUCUUCAUGAAGACUGUAGACAAAAAAUCAUCCACCUAGACAUUAAACCUCAAAACAUACUGCUAGACAGCGAUUUCAAUGCCAAAGUAUCUGAUUUCGGGUUGUCAAAGCUCAUCGAUAGAAAUCAAACCCAAGUUAUGACUACGAUGAGAGGGACCCCAGGAUAUCUUGCACCAGAAUGGUUGAGCUCAGUUAUUACCGAAAAAGUGGAUGUAUACAGCUUCGGGAUCGUUGUCUUAGAGAUGUUGUGUGGGAGGAAGAAAUUUGACACAUCUUUGUCCGAAGAAGGCUGGCACUUACUUGGUGUCCUUCAAAAAUGUUGGGAACAGGGGACUCUGCAAGAUAUGGUUGACAAGUACAGUGAAGAUAUGCAGGCACAUAAUUCAGAAGUUGUGGAGAUGAUGAAAUUGGCUUCAUGGUGUUUGCAGUAUAAUUUCAAGAGAAGGCCUUCAAUGUCAACGGUGGUUAAGGUGUUAGAAGGAGUAAUGGAAGUCGAAUCUAGGUUGAAUUACAACUUCACAGAUCCUAGAAACACAGCAGUUGAACAUGACAAAGAUUUGACACCAUUGAUGGCUUCUGUUCUGUCUGGUCCUAGGUAA